AUUUCAACGUGAAACAUACAAAAAGUGCAGCUCCAAAAAUAAGUAAAAUAAUCUUAAAGCACAAUGAGCAAGCCAUCCAAACUAUAUCAAUGGUUUAGACUGCGGAACAUGUCCGAGACAAAUAAUGUUAUAUCUCCGGAUGAAAGUGCUUCGCGUGAAGAAGGAGGCACGCCCAUGGCGUCAAUAGCCGAAAGUAAUGGGGGAACUCUUGAAAUGAACGAGGCUCCGCCUAUAUUAAUGGAAGUUGAUCAAGAGCCAGAGGUGCGUACAGAGCUGAACAACAACAUAUCAAGUGAAUCUCAUUUAAAUUUAAGGAAAUCCAAAAUCGGAAGGGUUCGGAAGCCGAAAAAGACUCAAGCCGAUCCACUUGUGAUUACAUGCCGCCGAUGCAGCACUUCUCUGAUGAUUUUACCAGAAAGCACUAAGUUCUUUACAUGCGCUGAGGUCAACGGUCGACUUUUUAAAGUUAACGAAGUCUCAGCCAAAACGGUAUUAGCGGCUAAAAAACCAAAGAAACGGCCGUCCCCAACAGGAAAGAAUUCUAAACAAGUUUGAAUAUUAAAGAUUAUUAUUGAACUUUA